AUGAGUAAAUCCAGUACGAAAACCGAAGUAAAUGCGGGAGGUAUUUUAGAAAAUUUUGGCAAAUACCAAAUAGUGCAAUAUUUGUAUCUGUGUUUACCACCGAUCUUCGUUUCUAUGAUCAACGUUAAUUACAUUUUUGUUGCGGGUGAAGUUAGUUACAGAUGUCGCAUACCAGAAUGUGAAACAACUGGAACGUACGAAGCGUCCUGGUGGCCAGCUACCCAUACUGAUCAAUGUUCCAGACCAGUAUUAAAUUACACAAUAUUUAGUCUACAAGGAAAUAUAUGCAGUAACAAUAGCUUUAGCAGUGCAGUUACAGAAUGCACUGAGUGGGUUUAUGAAAAUGACGAUACCAUUGUUUCGGAGCUUAACUUGGCAUGCCAGCCCUGGCAAAGAAGCUUUGUAGGUGUAAUCCACAGUUUCGGGAUGGGCAUUGCUAUGAUGAUUGCUGGUUGGUUGGCAGACCGAAUAGGACGAAAACCAACUCUAAUCAUCUGUGCCGUUGGAUGCGUUGUUGGAAACUUAAAGACCCUCGCUACAUCGUAUCCUGUUUACAUUUUUUUAGAAUUCCUUGAAGCCACUGUUUCUGGAGGCGCAUCAGCUACGUCAAUGAUAGAAAUUGGAAAUACAGAAAACAGAAUGCUUGCGGGAGUUCUGUUUGCAUACGCAAUUUACAUGGGUGAAGCGCUUUUCGCCAUCAUUGCUUUGCUCGUACCUUAUUGGAAGUAUCUCAUUCAUAUAUUAUGCACUCCACCACUAUUAUUCCUCAGUUAUAUAGUAAUUACGCAUGAAAGCCCUCGAUGGCUGAUCUUAAAUGGAAAAGAGGUUCAAGCAAUAAACGUCCUGAAACGAAUGGUGAAAAUGAAUAAAAUAAACAUAAAAAUCGAAGACUUAGAGAAGUUAAAUAAAAACACUUUGAAACAAGCCUAUAAUAUUAGCAUUGAUGGGAAGAAAGAGGGCUUGAAAGACUUGUUCAUUUGUACAGAAAGUCUUAAACGACUCGUAGUGGCAUUUGUAACACGAAUAGCUAUUUCUUAUAUUUACUACGGUCUUGUCGCGAAUUCUGUAUGGUUGCCAGGAAACAAAUACGUAUACUUUCUACUGGGAGCUAUCAUGUCGUUUCCCGGAGAACUGUUGUCUUUAUACUUGAUGAAUAAAAUUGGUAGAAAAUUACCACUUGUGUAUGGAUACACAUUCUGUGGGUUAAUGUGUGUAGCGUAUGGAUUUGUUCCAGAAUCAUAUCGAUGGGUUAAAAUAACCUUCUUCCUAGCUGGAAAACUCAUAGCAUCCGCAUGUUUCACUGGCAUAGUAACAUAUACAAUGGAACUAUUUCCCACGAGUGUCCGAGGAACUGUGCUUGGGCUAUGCACGAUGGCGUAUAGUGGCGGCGUCAUGCUGGGUCUACUCACGCCUAUGUUGACAUCAAUAUCCUCAGUUCUUGCGCCAAUUACUUUUGGCAUAGCCGCUGUUAUAUCCAGUGCUCUGAUCACGUUAGUGCCGGAAACUAGGCAUUUGCCGCUGUACGACACUAUAGAACAAAUCUCAAAAAGUGUUGCCACUGCAAAAGAUGUGACGGAAAUGAAAAAAUCUAAAGAACAAGACAAUUUUGGCUUCACUAGCGACGAGCCUAACAACGUUGUGCUUAUACGAAGCGCACAUAUACUUGCAUCGAUUGGUCAGGGGCGGCUGGCGUGCUUUGUCCGAUCAUUAACCCAGUUGUGUGUCGGCGGCGUCGCCGGGCACGCGAUUCAGUCCACCGCCAUGCAACUGCCCGAACCGCCGCCACCACUCGCUCCUCUAUGGGAUCGAAUUCUACGAGCUCGGGCCUUGCCACCUGAUCUUGAUGUCCAAUUAUUGUAUAUCGCCAUCAAGGACCGCCUAUCACAUCCUGAGUGGGAAGUGCGAUUACACGCCUUAAGAGUUCUAGCUGAUCUACUCCCACUGUCCGGUAAUGCACUCUCCUUUCCAUUCGAUCAAGUUAUCGAUAAUCUUGGACACAACUCGCCAAAUGUUCGCAAAGCCGCGUUGGAUGCGCUUAAAGUUUUUUGUUAUCACUGUGAAGAUCCUGAGUGUGCGGCGAGAGCUAUAAUUGAUAAGUUUUCUUAUAAUAAUAUUAGGCCACAUACAAGUGAUGUUGAUACUCGAAUAAACAUAGUUACGGGAUUAAUACUCUCCAUACCUUCUUUAAUUAGUAUUCUAAAACGAAGAGAUCCCGAUUUAGAUGUACUUCCUGCGUUCCAAAUUUUAGGAGAAAAACUUUUUGAUAGCAUGCAUCAAGAUGUUGCUCUACGAUCUCUAAUGAAGCUGCGUAAGCUAUGUGGACCGAGGCAAUAUAUGAUGCUAUUCUCGCAAUUAGAUUCAAGAAUUCAAGAUAAAUUCCGUGUUUUGUGUGAAAUGUACGACGAAGAUUCGCAAGAUGUUUAUUACGCUCCGAGAAAAACACGCCAGCCUAUUGUACACAUUAAUCGCGUAUUUAACAAUCAUCUGGCGAAUCCUAUAUAUUUAUCUACUGACUCCUCGUCCGAUGAUUCUUAUAGAAUACCUUUUAAUAACAAUAACUAUGCUAAAGUAAUAAUUGAAACCGAAAUUAAAUUUGAUUCUGAUACAGCAAUCACAAUGACUGUACUAGAGCAAAAUGAAACUGAAUCAGAAAAAGUUGCUAGCGAUGAAGACUACGAUAGUUCAGAUCGUCUUAUUUUAAAAUAUAGUGACAGAGACACUGAAGAAGAUUCUGAUGUAGUUGUUAAACGAGUGCGAUUCGGCGGUGAGAGUGUGAAAAUUCGGACUCCAGACAGUGACAAUAUUAAUACUAGCGAAGAGGAAAAAAAAAUGAAUCGUGGUCGAGCGAUAUUAGACAAAUCUAGCAUAAAAGAGGUAAUACCAGAAACUCCGCCAUUAUUAAAUAAAAUGAAUGACAUAAAACGAGAAGCGGACGAAAGGGAAAAUCACUUCUUAAAUAAGAAAAGCGGUAUUCCACUUCCAAUAAUAACCAGUAAAAGUUCAAAAAGUUUUAUGAAACAAAACAAAGUGAAAUUAAAAUCGAAAUCUUUAAGUGAAUUGUAUGACUAUUUUAGUAAUAAAAACGACGUUAAUAGUAAAUCGUCCGGAUUCGCAUUAACUCUUGUGGAAAUGCGGUCCCCUGACAAAGUGCCUAGUCCAGUAGAGCCUCACAGAGAAGUAGAAGUGUUACAUAAUUUACAAAGAAGCCCCACGCCUUCUCCUCGCAGACAGCAAACACGUAUUAGUCUUGAUCACGACAGAUUCAUCUUGAAUCUGGUGUCGACGACUCAUGACAGCAACAUGCUCUCACCUCGACCACCAUCGCCAUUACGAAGGCACUACGACUGGGAAGAAUUGGAAAUCAUACCAAGACAUGUCGCCGCUCAAUUACAUAACACGGAAAACUGGAUAGCAGCAGUAAAAGCAGCGGAUCAUCUCCAUAGCAUCCUCUUGGACACUGACAAUGUGAAGAAACUAGAAUCCGCUGUUAUAUCCUUUGUGCAGCAUAUGUGGGCCCUGAGCGAUGCGGUAUCAGCAGCACGAGCACCAGCCGAAGGCGCUGUGUGUGCGUUAGUACGUAGCUGCAGCGCUAACUGUGUACGACAACUUCUACCUGCUUUGAUGAAGCGGUUGGCAAGAGAUCCACCUUCUACCGCACUACCGCACGCUUUAUUACAACGAAUGGCCCUACAUCAUCUGGUCGAAUUGAUUUUUGACCCUGAUAUCAUAGGGGAUUCAGAGAGCGAUCAACUUCGCGUUGCACUAUGCCUAGCGCGGGCGGCUGGGCCUGCCGCCGUGCUGGCAGCUGUACGGAGACGAUUGGAGGACUCUCCACAUGCUGAUAUCUUUUGUAACAAGCUUCGAGAACGACUCAACAGGCCAAUGGAAAAUUUUAGAACAAAUCAUGUUGGCAGAAUGUCACAACUGCCAGUACCAGCGCGUCGGAGAGCGCGAUCUACACCUGCGGCAGCGCCACCACCACGCAGACUGAGACCUUUACCUGACUCUGCACCACUGCCGAGUAUAUCGCAGCCAGGUCGAGAUUUUCUGUUAAAUCCUGUGUCGCCUGCGAUAUUAAUUGAAAGGGACUCAAGUGAUAUCGGUGCGCCUCAAGAGCCAAUAGAAAAACUAGAAUUAGAAGAAAUCGAAAAAAACAUAGAGAACAUAGCUGAUGACCACAUUGAUAAAGACAUAGAGGACAACACCGACAUCGAAAACAAAACAGAUGAAGUAGAUCAUGUUUCAGUGUCACGCACGCCUUCUAUACAUGUUGAAGAUCUCACAGAAAAUAAUAAUCAAUCCAUUCCUAGUGCAGAGCCGUCGGUUGAACAAAUUUCCAUACAAAGUGACAAUACUUCUCCUAAAGAAGAAGUUGGACAAGACGCAAAAAUUUCAGAAUCUGUAGAUGCGUCUGAAGACAAACGAUCCAGCGAGAAAUCAUCACCAUUGUCUAAUCGGUCUAAGAGCACUAAAUCAAUAGCUUCUACGAGAAGUGGGAAUUCGUCACCCGACCCAACUAGCGAACCCAUUGAAAGUAAAGCAUUGGAACGUGACGUCCGUACCGCACUCGCAGAAUGUAUAGUACCCCAACGACAUGAGGACUGGGAAGUCAUUGUAAAUGGGUUACUAGAAACUGAACGAUUAGCAAACGAUGUAAGUGCUCGAGCCCCGGCUGCCAGCUGGCGCGCGGUCACACGCUCUGUUGCUUUACACGUGCGCUCUCUUCGUUCGCGAGUCGCUAGAGCUGCAUGCUCCACUCUUGGAACUCUGUUUGAGCAACGCGGUCGUGCUUUAGACCCUGAAAUGGAAGAAGCUACGAGUGCGCUACUAGAACGAUGCGCUGAUGUGAACCGUUUUCUUCGUGCAGAUGCGAUUACAGCACUCGGUCGAGUAGCUUGCGGAGGAGGCUGUGCACGCGCGGGUGUAGCGCUUGCGCGUCGAGGGGCAAAUCAUCGCGCGGGUCCAGUACGAGCGGCUGCCGCGCAAGCCCUCACUAGGUUAGUCCGACAUCAUAGUGCAGUGCGUGUUCUCGAACUUCCAAGUGAACCGCGGACAGUGAUACUGCGUGCCGCCGGGGAAUUACUCGCCGAUGCCAGUCCCGAGGCGCGGCUACAUGCGAGACAUCUUUGUAUUGCUCUUUCAGAAGAUGUACGAUUCCGACAAAUGCUUAAAGACGCUAUGCCACUUACCAGAUAUCGUGCGAUAGUAAAAUACGUAGAUAAAUUACGAUGCCGA